CGUUGGUCCCGUUGGCAGUUGAGGGGGAAGCCUCCCUUCCGCCCAGCUCGGCCGCUGACCCCGGAGACCGGCCCCGGGCGGGAAGUUACACUCUACAUGAUGUUCCUGGAGGAAAUCACAGGGGAAAUGUCCAGUCAUUGAGGGCAGAGACUGGUUGAAGUACACAACAAAGCAGUCCCGAGCUGGAGGGACCAUGGACAAUGACUGCAAAAUCAAGGUGGGUGACGGCUCUGAAGCCCCACGUCUGGGCUCCUAAGGAGCAGGAGCGACUUCUGACAACAAACGUGGAAGAGGACUGGGCCCUGAGGACCGAGUCUGGCCAACAUGGGAAUGGAGAGUUCUGCCGCCGGAACUUCUGGCGGUUCCGCUAUCAGGAAGCAUCCGGGCCCCGGGAGGCUCUAAGCCAACUCCACGAGCUCUGCCUUCAGUGGUUGAUGCCAGAGAAACACACAAAGGAGGAGAUCCUGGAGUUGCUGGUGCUGGAGCAGUUCCUGACCAUCUUGCCUGGAGAGCUCCAGACCUGGGUGCGGAUACAUCGACCACAGAGUGGAGAGGAGGCAGUGACCCUGGUGGAAGAUUUGCAGAGUGAUCUGGAUGGACUGGAACUAUUAGUCCCGGACUGUGUAUCUGGUUGGAAAGUGCUUCCAGAAAAUGCAGUGUCCAUGGGAGUCGCACAAGAGUUUCCCCCUCAAAUUGGCUUCUUACCAGAAGCUCUGCCUGUUCUUCUCCAAGAGGGGAGCCCAUUUGAACAGGCAAUGGCACCUGAACUUCAUAAAACCAGAGCUCAAGGAUUGGUGACAUUUGAAGACGUGGCAGUGACAUUCACCUACCAAGAGGGGCAGCUUCUGGACCUUGCCCAGUGCACCUUGUACCGGGAAACGAUGCUAGAAAAUUAUGAGAACCUCACUUCAUUGGUAGGAUUUGCAGUUGUCAAGCCAGAUGUUAUCUCCCAGCUAGAGGAAAUGAAAAACCCAUGGGACUGUAAUCUUCUACAAACUGUGGAUAGAGAGACCCCAAGAGACUGCUACACAGAUUGUAAAACAGGAACUGAGAUGGAGUCAAUUGGCCUGAAGUAUGAUAUAUGUGAACAAACAGGUUUUCAUGGGCUGCCACUGGAAGGAUACCAACAAAGUAUUCUCAUGUCUUCUUUGGGAGGAGAGGCAUUUGAAUAUAGUAAUAGGUUGGCAAAGCAGAGAAAGGGGAAACAGAAGAAACUUCUUACCCAGAAUAGUGAUUUGAGAAAUGUUGCUGAAAUCCCUAAGAAAACCUCAGAGAAAAGAUCCUAUGUUCAUGGGAAAACCCUCCAAUUAGGGUCCUGCCUUACUGAACCUCAGAGAAUUAAUACUGGAGAGAGACCCUACAACUGUAAUGAAUGUGGGAAGGCCUAUACUAACCCUUCAUCCCUUUGGAGACAUAAGAGAGUCCAUACUGGGAAGGAACCUUUCAAGUGUAAUAAAUGUGGAAAAACCUUUGGGGAAUCUCCCUCCCUAAGAGAACACAAGAAAACUCAUACUGGAGAGAAACUUUACAAAUGCAAUGAGUGUGGGAAAGCUUUUAGUUACUCUUCCUACCUAAGAGUACAUGCGAGAAGUCAUACUGGAGAGAAACCGUACAAAUGUAAUGAAUGUGGGAAAGCAUUCAGGCAUCUUUCAAGCUUUAUUGUUCAUCAGAGAAUUCAUACUGGGGAGAGACCAUACAAGUGUAAUGUAUGUGGGAAGUCAUUUUACAACACUUCGCAUCUAAAAGUACACAACAGAAUUCAUACUGAAGAAAAAUCCCAUAAAUGUAAUGAAUGUGGGAAGGCCUUUGGGAACUCUUCAAGCCUGAGACAACAUAAGAGAGUUCAUACUGCAGAGAAACCGUGCAAAUGUAAUGAAUGUGGGAAAGCCUUCACUCAACGCUCAUACUUGAGCAUUCAUCAGAGAAUUCAUACUGGAGAGAAGCCCUACAAGUGUAAUCAGUGUGGGAAGGCCUAUAUUGACACUUCAUCCCUGUGGAAACAUAAGAGAGUUCAUGAUGUAAAGAAACCAAGCAAAUGUAAUGAAUGUGGAAAAACCUUCACUCAUUGCUCAUAUUUGAGCAUUCAUCAGAGAAUUCAUACUGGAGAGAAACCCUACAAGUGUGGCGAAUGUGGGAAGGCCUUUGUUGACUCUUCAUCCUUAGGUAAACAUAAGAAAGUUCAUACUAAGAAACCUUUCAAGUGUAAUGAAUGUGGGAAAGCCUUUAGGAUCUCUUCCUCCCUAAAAGAACAUAUGAGAACCCAUGCUGGAGAGAAACCCUACAAAUGUAAAGAAUGUGGGAAAGCCUAUAGUUACUCCUCCUGUGUAAGAUUACAUAUGAAAAGUCACACUGGAGAGAAACCAUACAAAUGUAAUGAAUGUGGAAAAGCCUUCAGUCGACUCUCAUACGUAAAUGUCCAUCAGAGAAUUCAUACUGGGGCAAGACCCUAGAAUUGUAAUGAAUGUGGGGAGCUCUUCAAUGAUUCUUCAUCCUUAAAAGUACGUAAGGUAAUUCAUACUGGAGAAAAACCCUUAAAUGUAAUGGAUGUGGGAAGGUCUGUACAGACUCUUCAUCACCAAAGAGCACAAGGACAAUUCAUACUGGAGAGAAAUCCUGUAAGUGUAAUGAAUAUGAGAUAGCUUUCAUUCACCAUCCACAACUUACUGAGCAUGAAAGAGUCAUCAGAGAAUUCAUACCUGAAGGGAAAUUCUAUGAUGAGUAUUUGAAAGGUUAUAGUCCACAUUACCAUUUGUGCAAAUCCAGGUGUAAGCAACAUAUUGACUUGGAAUUCUGUGCAAACUGGGGAAGUCAGACUGAAAAGAAGGGAGAUGGGGAUUCUGCCGAUUUUGCAUAAGCGGAGACUAAAUUAAUUUUCCUCUUCUGGAAACUUCAGAAUUUAAAUAUGUGACCUUCUUUCUGUCUUGCAAUGUAAAGCUAGACCUGCCCAAGCCCUUUACAUAGAAGCUCUAUCUUUUCUUAGUCUUUCUCCCUGAAGUUUCUCAGUUUUCUAAUUUUCCUGCUUCCUUAAGAUGACUUCUGCAUUUCUAUGCCCCACUGCCCUUCAGUGUCCACUGCUGAAAUUUCCAUUUUCCCUUUAACAGCUCCAAUACAGUGGACACAGCCAUUGCAGAACUCAUCACUAGCCCCACUCUCUGCAACUGCAAAGUUGGUAGUGGAGGGAUAGGAUUGGGGUGGGGAAAAGCUCUGGAGCUCUGCAUGUCUUCUUUGUACACUGCAGCUGAGUAAAAUGCCUAUCCUCAGUCCUCCUUUCCCCUCCAUGGCUGAGGAACUCUUUGCCUGCUCCUGUCGUGCCCUCUGAACAUUGGGUCAAGUAGAAAAUGUCACUGCUCUGUUCUCUUGGCCUUUUUUCACUUCCAGAGCCAAGCAACACAUCUGAUAUUUGUAGCCACAUCUCCCCAUUCCCCCUUGGCCUCCAUCGCCAUGGCCGAGCAAAUUAUCUUCCCUCCUCACCAAUCGGGGCUGGCACCAUCUUAUCAAGGAGGCCCCAUCCCGUCCUACUUUACACCACCAAGUGGGAAUGAGAACAGCACCUGCAGCCUGAGGCCUCAUACAACCUCAAAAAGCUAGUGGCCAUGUACACCAUUGCUGUGGGCUUUGAAUCUUGAACAGAAGUUCUUUAAUCACAGCACCCUACUGACUUUUGUUUUAUUUUGUGUAUUGCAUAUGGUUCCAUUAUGGAUCGUCAGAGUGUAAAAUAAUUCUGACAAAGUUAGAUGAAGAGUGUAGUUUGCACAUCAUGCAAACAAUGUGUUAAACAAUGCCCCCCAAUGUAUCUCUUCCUGUGAUCACAGCUAGCCAGACAGAUAUGCUCCAAGUGAAGACCAAAUUUUGACACACCCGCAGGGACCUGGGCAAGAUGUCUUCUAAGAACAGAAUUCAGUGGACCUGUAAUUGGUAGAUUAAGGCCAUUAUGUGGAAUAAGCUUGAUGUAACAGUGAACAAGCAUAGUAUAAAGGAUUGGGGGAAACACCUUGUCCGAAGGGAUGACAGGUAGGAGGAGUUCUUAUAGCCAGGGAUGCUCAUGCUGGUCUUGGCCCAUACUUGGACCGAACACUGACAGAGAUUAAUCAUCUCAUAAAAGGAGAAAUUCUUAACACCCAUUGGGUUGAAGGGCUUAAACUGUGUCAGAGAUCAUCACCCUUGGGUUAGAGGGCUUAAUGGAAGCAGGAUACUUUACUCUUAAUGUUUUGUGAAUGCUAAUAAAGUUACCUGGGCAGCCUAA